CUGAUAAGACCCAUAUGUGCCAUCAUCAACCCAGCCAAGAGACGAGACCAUCACGAUCCCAUCAGACGGUUUCACCAUGGGCCUCAAGAGUAGCAAAACAUUGAAACUUCCUCCAGAAGAUCUCAAUUUCCUCAUGCAAAAUACCUGCUUCACCAAGAAGCAGAUCAAGAAGUGGUAUAAGGGAUUUAUUAAAGAUUGCCCGUGCGGUCAGCUUAGUCGAAAGAAGUUUAUCGAGGUCUACUCUGGUUUCUUUCCCGACGGAAACGCCGAGGAGUUCUGUACACACGUGUUCAGAACGUUCGACAAGGAUAACAGCGGCAAGAUCGACUUCAAUGAGUUUUUGUUGGCGAUAAAUAUCACGUCCUCAGGGAAACCAGAGGAGAAGCUCAACUGGGCAUUCCAGAUGUACGAUAUUGAUGGAAACGGCACUAUAGAGAAAAAUGAGAUGGAAGAGAUAAUUAAGGCAAUUUAUAUUAUGCUUGGAACGAACGUGGAUGCUGAAAAUAUGACACCGGAAAAACGCACAGAGGAGAUAUUCGACAAAAUGGAUAUAAAUCAUGAUGGAGUAUUAGAAAAAGAGGAAUUCAUAAAUGGAUGCAUGGCCGAUAAACAACUCUAUUCAAUAUUACUGGCUGAUGAAGCUCCAGAGGAUGUAGGAGAGGAGUAGCUGAUCAUGACUGCUGUUUGAAUCAGAAACCUUCAUUGUGAUUGGCUACCUUUUUGAAAGAAAUUUUCUGAUUGGCUGAUCAUGCGUAGGAUGUUUUGAGACAAGAGAUGUGAUUGGGCCACGUGAUUAGAUCAAAACGAUUCAUGUCUUCUGGAUUGGGUCAGGAAUUUUGCCAUAAUCGCAAAAUGGAUUGGGAACAAGAAGGGAAUAUUCAUAUAUGAGGAAUACAUAUCAUCACGUUUACAUUAUGACAGAUUGCAUGAUUAUAUGAUAAGAUGAUUGCAUAUUUCAUUUCAUCUAUGAAUUUAGCUCAACGCGGCUUCGGCUGCUGUUGAAAAUGAAAGUAGAAACUACUGGAUUUCUGGUACGAUAAUUUGAUGAUUAUAAAUUGACACGAGUAUAGUACAUGUAAAUAGGCUAAUUUGCAGACCAGAUGAGCUCCCUUGAUGACAUAAGAUGACGAUCUCAUGUCUUAUUCUCGAUGGGGACGGCCUUGCUCUGAUGUCAGUAGCCUUCACCACCUGGUAUUCGCCGUUAGGACAGUUAUGCGGAGUCUAGGGGACUGAAGAAGUAGGCCUAUAGUGAGGAUGAAAAUAUUUCUUAAAGGCGAAGUCCAUUUCUUGUAAUUCAUCUCCUAUACUAUUAACACAGGCUACCCAUACAUGGUUUUCCAAGUUGAGUCUGGAACAACUAGUUGCAUUGAUAGAAAUAAAAUGAAUUUAUGGAGAUUUGUGUGAGAUUUGGUAUUGUUAUAUAUCCACGUGUGAACUUUUAAAGAAAAUAAAUGAUAUCAUUAUAAGCUUAUGAUUGAAUUGACUCGCCUUUAGGGGCUAUUUCAGCAACAAUGAAUAAUGCAUAUGCAUGUAUAUGUUUUGAAUGUAGAUUUAGGCAUGUUCCGAAUAGAGGUUGUAAAGCAAUACAUUUUCCAGGGGUGACCGUGAUUUCAGUAAGUUUAACAGCACAGAGUCAAUAUUUCGCUAACAUUGGAUGGUGAUUAGGUUUAUAUAAACUCGUCACCGACGUUAAUUGAAUUUCUCAAUAAUUCUCUUUGUCAUAGUUGUUCAUGUAUUGUGCUCAUUCUUCAUAUAAUAUAAAAUUUGUAUGAUGUCAGUGCUUCUCAAGUCCGUCGUUGUGUGAUCUCCCCUACUGCCCCACUUAAGGGGAGGGGGCAUUUGGGUGUUCCCAAUUUCAGAGGAAAAGAGGGUUACCUUGAGGCUUCCUUAAUUUUUUGAUGAGGGGUUUUGAUAACCGAGCCUCCUAAGAAAUCCGGAUAUUGUAUUAGCUUUUUUUAUGAGAGGGGUUAAAAAGGAUGUAUUUUCGUGUUCAAUUGAGGGGAUUGAUUCAAAACUGGGGAACACACAGCUUCAUGAACUUGCUAGAAUCUGUAAAUGGGAGCCGGAGGGUGUGAAAUCAAUAGUGCUGGGAGAGGUUUUCUCGCCGAAAGUUUCAGUUUUAGUUUGUCAGUGUAUAAUAGAGGACAUGAAGGAGUUCAGUAGCAGAAGGUAGUGCAGGGAGAAUUUUCCUUGCCAAAAAACUUUCGUAUUAUAAUAGUUUGUCACUCUUGAAGGAGGAGCCGCAGAAGUACUUUUCAGGUCAGCACUAUAACGAUAAUUACUCCGUGCCUGAAUGUGUAACAAACUCAGGCUGUUGGUAGAAUGAUUGUGUACCUUUCCUGAUCACCCAACGAUAGCCCUCUAUCAAGGAGUCUGACACUACUGGUGUAGCAAAGAGGGCGAUUCCUCAAGAAGUGUUCACAUAAUUCUACCAACUGUUUGUACACAUUUAAAGGUUUUUGCAUAAACUUCGGAAUGUAUAGCUUCCCAACAUUCUAUAAAGGAUCUUUAAAUAUCUUUAGUGCUGGCCCAUCAUUGUCGAUGCACUCCUCCUUAAACAGAUAUGACGCAAUCAGCUUGUACCAUGUCCGUGUUUUUUAGGGUGCUAACAUCACCUGACCGAGCUUACUUCAAGGCCUGUAUGAUUAUCAUAUAAUGUGACAUUUUGAUUUUGAUUGUUGUGCUGUGAAUUGCAUUUUAGAGUUUCUAACCUGUGUGUAAUGCUGCAUGCUCAUGCAGGGUGUUAAAAAUUAGCCUUGCUAGUUUUGAAGUUGAGUAGCUUUUCCUCAAAGCAAUCUUUUCUACUGCAGUUCUCUGCAAGGAAUACUUUGGUUCCAAAGAUUCCAAAUUGAAAAAGACGCAGCUUUUCAUAAAUGAGUUAUUCAAAACGUUCAAUUUAUAACUACCAAAAUUAGUUUUAAACACCCUGUAGUUGAACAAAGCUACAUUUGUUUGUGGCUCACUGUGGUUUUACACUUAUCUGUUGCUGACGAUGAGAGAUCAACAUCUUUAUCUCUUCCCUUAAAUACCUUCUCUCUUCAUUCAAAACUUUCAAAUUGAACUAGAUAUUUGCAGAAAUUAGUUUGAAUAUACAUGUAGGCUUCAUCCACCAAUGUAGCUAAAUAAUGGGUAUAAGGAUGUCUGUAGCUAAAAUGUUGUACUGGUAUUUAUGCAAAAUCUUUGCUUUGCCAUCAGUGGCUAAGAAAAGCUAAAUUGGUAACUGGUUGAGGCUACACUCAUCUGUAGCGCAUUGUGGGGAGGGGCCAUUGCAUGUCUGUAUCUCAAUUCGGUUGAAUCUGUAAGACUGCUUUUAGGCUAUCUUCAUGCAGCAUCAAUACCAGAUCUAGAACUUUACCGGAGCACAUUCUUCCAAAGAUUGCCAGAUGGCAGGUAUAGAAAGAGCUGGGUGAAAGACACAUAACAGUUUAAACCAGCAGAAAGCCAUCUUGCCAGGAAUGGAGCCACAACACCCUUAUAUUUUCUCAUAAGAAAAACUAGCUCUGAAAUGCCUGUAUCAUUUUCUGGAAGCUGGCAUUGAUAUCGGAAGAGUCAUCCGAGAAAUAUCUUAGUUAUUGAAAAUUGUCUGCAAUUCACUUCCUGCAUCGAGGGUGCUGUUACAAAAAUAUACCAUAAUUUAUAUGCUUAUCGCUUUAACUGGAUACUACCAAGUUUAUCAUUAUACAUUUCAGACGGCCGUAUUUGUAGAAUGUUGUGUUAACCCUUGUUCAAACUUGGGCUUUGUGUUUGUAGUGCCGGUUUUCAUAGAGUGUUGCAGUGAGUGUUUUAGUGACAGUUUCUGACUGUCAUACUUGCUUGGUGCGCCCUUUACUGAGACAUUGUAAUGGAGCUCAAAAAUCAUUUUACUCAUUUUCAAUGUGGCCCUGUUUCCAUCCUGAGGGGGUCAUACAGAUGAUGAUGUAGAGCAUCUUUGUACCAAAACAUGCAUAAAAGGUGUCUUUUCAGUCGAAAAAUUAUGACCAAUGCGGGUUGUGGUCCCCAUCUUGCAGUAAACCACCGCAAUUGGAAAUAAUGAAGCAUUUUUUGUGCCAAUUUAGGAACUGAAAGACAAUGUAACAAGCCAACAAGUUGUUUACUUGUGUCAUCUGCUGUUUACAUAAAAGUGAAAGUAAGUGUUCCAUGCCAUGAUAGCUGACGGAAUUUACUACCCAAGUCAUCCAUAAACUUGCAAUUUUGGACCCACCUACCACUCCCGCUAGGAUAAAAUGGUUGUUUGAGGGCCAAAUCCAUAGCAUAGGUGUUGGCAUUUUUUGCAAUACUCCCAUAUUGCCUCCAAGCAAAUUUCUGUGACCUUGACAGUGGAAUUAUGAACGACUUGACUUUGUUGUUUGUUGCACAGUGCGCUGUAUUAUUUACAUGAAAAACUGUCAUAUCUUCAUGUUCUUAAAUUUUCAUAUAUCCUUUAUUUAUUGUAGCACCGACACUAUGGAAGAGUUGUAAAUGAUCUUGUUAUUAUUAAUAAAAUGGCUUUUCAUCAAUAUGUAA